AUGCAAGCUAUCCAUGACAUGGCUGCUGCUCUAAUGAUGAAUCAAAGACCUGAAGGAAACCCUGAAUCACAAGGUUUAGCUGAAUUUAGGAGAAACAAACCCCCACAAUUUUUUAGAGGAUAUGAUCCAGAAAAAGCUGAAGUAUGGAUUAAGGAGAUGGAAAAAAUAUUUCGAGUUAUGAACUGUGCUGACAACCAAAAGGUGAAUUAUGUUGUGUUUAUGUUAAUAGGAGAAGAUGAAUAUUGGUGGGAUGGUACCAGGAGAUUACUUAAAGGAGGAAGAAUAAUUAUUACCUGGGAUGUAUUUAGAACAAAGUUUUUAGAAAAAUAUUUCCCUAAUGAUGUGAGGAAAGCAAAAGAAAUAGAGUUUAUGCAGUUGAAGCAAGGAAGUAUGUUAGUAGGGGAAUAUGCUUCCAAGUUUGAAAAAUUAGGAAAAUACUCUACUUUCUUUUAUCACCCAGAGGAAAGGAUAAAGUGUAUAAAAUUUGAAAAUGGACUUAUGGAUGAAUUGAGAAAAGCAGUAGGAAUAGUAGAAAUUGCUGAUUUUCCUACGCUUAUUCACAAGUGUAGAUUUUUGGAAGAUUUUGAGACCAACCAAAAUAUCAAACCAAAGUAUUUUGGACCUCGGGCAAAUAAAAAUAAACGCAAUAAGGGAAAACUUUACAAUCGCCCACAAUGGGGGACCCAAUCUAACCAAUUUUCAUAA